GCUGCCCGGCUAUAUAUGACACCGCACGCGAAUCCAGUCCUCGUGCCCCCACCAACUGAACCACAUCUCCACCUCGGCAAUUCGGCAUCCGAUCCGCCGCCGCCUUCUUGCUCGAGGCCUGCGGGCUGCGGCUGCGGGAGAGGAGACAUCGAGCGAGACAGAGGUGCUCCGCCGCCGGAGAUGUCUCGGUACGUGGAGAUGCUGGACAUGGGCGUGCGCAUCGCGGCGAGGUUCCACUCGCACUGCCCGCAGACGGCGCGCAUGUACUACAAGCCGCCGCAGACCCAGUCGUCGUCGUCGUCCUCGGCGGACGAUGUCGCCAAGGCCAGGUGCUUCGGUCUCGACGCCGCGGCGGUCCUGCUGCCCUUCACGUCCGCGGGGGCAGGGGAGUUCCGGCCGGGGCCGGGGUUCCAGCUCCACGAAUUCGACACCGCGCAGGUCGUCGUAUACGAGGUUGUCUGAGCCCCGAGGAGAGAUUUCCUGCGACAAGUUUUAGAGAAGUAGUUGUACAUGAUCCAUCCGUGGCUACUCCAUUCUUUGAUUUGUAACUUUGUAUACUGAGACAGUGUCGAUCGGGAACUUGUAAUUGAUCAAGCCCCUAUAAAAAAUCAUUCGAGGGAUAUCGAUGAGCUUUGCUAUA